AUGACCAGUACAAUACCAUUUAUUGAUAUCAAUAUUCGUUUAAAUCUCAAUGAGUUAUCUAUGUUAAAGAAUGGCCGUAAAUAUAUUAUACCAUGUCAAAGUUAUUUUAAUCGUCAACCAAGAAACGACUUGGCCAAAAAAGAAUAUGAACGAAUCUCAAAUAUAGCAAAAGAAUGUAUUGGUAAACAUCAAAUGUCAAUUACUGAUGAACGAGCUAAACAAGCCUUUCCUGAAUUAGAAAAAAUGAUUCAAGAAUUAUAUACAAAACCACUACCU